AUGGCCUUCGCCACACAGACACGCUCUCCAGAGCACCUGCGAGGACUCGUGGACAUGGGAAGCAAUGGAAUUCGCUUCUCCAUCUCAGACUUACAACCACCCACGCAACGGAUCAUGCCCACGAUCUAUCAACAUCGAGUCGGGAUUUCCCUGUACGAUGCGCAGUAUUCCGCUUCCGGAGAGAAAAUUCCCAUUGAGGAAAAGACGAUUUCCGACGUGAUAUCAGCUUUCAAGGGAUUCCAGAGAACAUGCAGAGAUUUUGGAGUUCCGGAGGGGAACGUCAAUGUCCUUGCUACGGAAGCCACGAGGACGGCGGUGAAUUCUGAAGAGUUCCGAGGGAGGAUUCAGGAGGCUGUGGGAUGGGAGGUGGAGAUGUUGACGAAGGAAGAAGAAGGGAGGGUGGGUGCCAUGGGGGUUGCGAGUUCGUUGCCGGAAGUCUCCGGGUUGGUGAUGGAUCUUGGAGGAGGGAGUACGCAGCUCUCGUGGCUUGUGCGGGAGGGCAAUCAGGUUUUGAUGCCGGAGGCGGGAGCUGUUAGUAUGCCGUAUGGGGCUGCCGCGCUGUCGAGAAGGCUUGUGGAGGCGGAGCAGGGGGGUGGCUCAGGCUUGAAGAGGUUAGGAGAGGAGAUUGACGGCGCUGUUCGGAGCGCCUAUAAGGCGUUGAAGGUUCCGGAGGAGAUGGAGAGAGAUGCGGAAGAGCAGGGUGGGCUUACGCUGUAUCUUUCCGGUGGCGGGUUCAGAGGCUGGGGUUAUAUGCUCAUGAGCCAGCACAAGGUUUCGCCUUACCCCAUUCCGGUGAUCAACGGGUUCAAAGUCUCGAGGAAGCAGUUCUUGAGUACUGACCAGGUCAAGGCCGCGGCGAAGGAAGCCUUGGAGGACGGCGACGAGAAGGAUUUGUUCCGAAUCUCGAAUCGCCGAGCGGGCCAAGUUCCCGCGGUCUCAUUUCUGAUCAACGUACUGGCGGAGGCUCUGCCAUUUAUCAAGGAGGUACGUUUCUGUCAAGGUGGCGUCAGAGAGGGCUACCUCUUCUCUACCCUGCCCUCUAAGAUCAAAGCCGAAUUUGCUCUUGUGGUGGCAACGCAGCCCGUAGCUCCACCGUCCUCGGCUCUAUUACUCAAGCUUCUGGCGUCAACAUUGCCAGAGGGCUCGACCAAAGAUGCUCAGGACGACUACAAGAGUGUCUUCACACCAGAGCGCCUCGAAGCUUUCAUAAACCUCAUCUACUACCACGGAAGCCACUCCAAAGACCUCCAAGCGACGGCUGCAUUACGAAGCACCACAUCCGGGAUCCUAGCAGGAGUCCACGGUGUUCUUCAUGAAGCUCGCGCUCUCAUCGCUCUUUUGCUCUGUGCUCGCUGGGGCGGCGGUAUCCCUCCCAGCGACGAACCCUUCAAAAGACACCUGGAACAGCUCAUUGAACGCCCCUGGACGCUUUGGUGGAUCAACUAUGCCGGAGCCGUUGCUUCUCUCAUUGCUAGUAUCUAUCCUGCCGGCGUCAUACCGGAUGGAAAACAGAGGUUGAACCUGAACGCGAAGUGGGGAAUAGAUGAGAAGCAGAGGUCUGUGCUGCAAUUGACGGCGGAAAUUGCGGGAGAUGUGGAUGGCGAGGUGCUUGGGAUGGAAUUGAGAGAGAUUGAAAAAGUUGGAAAGAGGAAGAGGUGGAUCGGAGGUAGGGAUGGGAUUGGACAUCGUGUCAAUGUGGAGGUUAAGAGGGCUGGUGCGUAG